AUGACCCGCAAGAAAUCCGGCGCCGGGCUGGGCAAUUCAUUGGCCAAUGACCGGCGAAAGCGUGCGGAACAGGGUUACAAGGCCAGCGGUGUCGCGGAGGACAAGGCGCACAGGUCGGUGCUCGAGCAAACCUCGCUGGAUGAUUUUAUCGCCAAAGCGGAGCUUGCGAAGGUCGAUUUCCACGCCAUGAGAGGUCAAGCUGUCGAGUGCACGACAGAGAUCAUCUACCGAGCAGCUAUGGACCCGGCAGCCACCCGCGAGAGGGAGGCCGAGGCCAAGAAAGUGGACGUGCCCAUCCCGUGGCGCCCGCCCUGGAAAGAGGCUUCCUCCGCAGAAGAGCUGGCCUCGGCCGAGGGCCAAGCUUUCCUCGAAUGGAGGCGAGGGCUUGCGAAGCUCGAAGAAGAGGAUGGGUUGGUAUUGACGCCUUACGAGCGAAAUCUGGACUUCUGGCGCCAGCUUUGGCGCUGCGUCGAACGCAGUGACGUCCUCGUGCAGAUCCUGGACGCGCGGGAUCCCGAAUUUUACAGAUGCCGGGAUCUGGAGCGCUACAUCGAGCAGUUUCCGAACAAACGCCACCUCCUCCUGCUCAACAAGGCCGACUUCUUGAAUGCAGAACAGCGCGAGCAGUGGACUGCUUACUGGAAAGAGAGGAGCGUGGAGACUAUCUUCUUCUCUGCCCUGCGGGAGCUCCAGAAGCAGCAGGCCUCUGCUUCCUCGAAUCGCCCGGAGAAGGCGGAUGAGGAGGAGGACGACAUCACCAGUGACCUCGCUGACAGCGACAGCGACGCAGAGGAGGAGCCGGGGCAGGUGGAUGAUGCGCAGAGUUCCGCGAGCUCCCGACGUCUUCCGCCGCACGGUCCUCUUGCGGAGCACCGGAUGAGUGGCGUUGCGGACUGCAGCCGGUUGUUGGACGAGCUGCAAGCCCGGAUGCCUCCUGGGAGCAGCUCCAGGAGAGGCGUCGUAGGCUUUGUGGGCUACCCCAAUGUCGGGAAAAGCUCGGUCAUCAAUGCUCUUUUUGGAGCGAAGAAAGUGUCGAUGAGCCGUACUCCUGGCAAGACGAAGCACCUGCAGACUCUGGAGCUCAGUGAUUCUAACAUAACUCUCUGCGACUGUCCGGGCCUGGUUUUUCCAUCGGUGGUAGCCACCAGGGCACAUUUGGUCAUCAACGGAACCGUCCCCCUCGAUGAACUCCGGGAUUUCAUCGAUCCCAUUCGGCUUAUUGUUGGCAAGAUCGGCCCUGAACCGAUCCUGAAGAGGUACGGUGUCAGUGCCUCGGAGGUCCGGGACGGUGCCAUCCGCCGCGGCGUCGGCGAGACCUCGGACGAGAUAGCGCAUCAGGUCCUGUGUGGCCUGGCGACACACCGGCACCACUUCCUAAGAGUGGGUGUGCCUGAUGAGACCUGGGCUGCGCGGCGAGUGCUCCGUGAUUUUUGCACUGGGCAGCUGCUUCACUGCGAGUUUCCACCGGGCUGCGAGUCCAGCAGUGUCGGUCCGCAGAGUCACAUUCUCGAGGAAGAGGACUCCAAAUCAGAUUUCAGCGACCUCGACGCAUUCCUGGAGGCCGGCAACGAGCGGAAGAUGACCAAGCGCAAGAUCCGCCAUCUGCAAAAGCAGAUGGCGAAAGGUGGCACCAUCGCUCCACAGGCCCUGGAGAGAAAGAAAGGUGCUCAAUAUGCUGGAAAAAACAUUCGUGGAAAGACGGUUUUGGGAUAA